AUGAGAAUUCCACGCUAUUCUUUAAUUCUUUUGACAUUCAUCAUUGUAAUCAUAUCCGUCGUUGGUCAUCCUAGUCGUAGCGAACGCCAAGCAGCAGCAGCAGUCACUGAUCGAAUCGAUUGUUAUCCAGAAGCUGAAUCAAAAUAUUCGAAUUUUUCAAAAGAUGCCUGUCUUGCUCGUAAUUGUCUUUUCGACGAUAUGGCAAAUUCAAGUGUUAUUCAAUGUUAUCUACGACCUACUUAUGGUUAUCUAUUAAAACAAGAUGUACAACAAACACCUACUGGAAUUCGAUUACGUUUACAACGAAAUCAAGCCAUAGCAAGUCCAUUUCCAGAACCUAUUGAAAAUAUUUUACUCGAUAUUCAAUACUAUACUAACGAUAUAGUCAGAUUUAAAUUGUAUGAUGCUGAUAAUCCACGAUAUGAAGUUCCAAUUUCAUUAACAGCCUCGUCUGGUCAAGCGUCAUUACCACUAUAUGAAUUCAUUUAUUCAACAGAUAACACACGUGACAAUCUUUUUUCGUUUAGAAUAAGACGUCGUACUAAUUCGACUACUCUAUUCGACACAUCAAUAGGUGGUCUUGUUCUAAAUAACCAAUUUCUUCAAAUUGUCACUCGACUUCAAUCUCCUCAUGUUUACGGUUUUGGAGAAAACAAUCAUGAGACACUUAAACAUAAUAUCAUAGAGCGUAAAAUUUGGGGUAUCUUCGCUCGAGAUCAAGGUUAG